AUGAGUGUAGUAGCAUGGUUGUCACCAUGCACCAACAUUUCACCAAACAAAUUCAGCUGCCGCUCUGCCAUUUCUUCUCAAGCUGAAUCUUCCUUCACAACAACUACUGCAACCGCCAUUCGUCCUGCUGUUAUUCUUCCGGGUUUAGGGAACAAUUCAAAUGACUAUGAGAAGCUGGCUCUCAUACUGAAAGGCUAUGGAGUACCAACAGCAAUAGCAAGAGUUUCAAGAAUUGAUUGGCUUAGGAAUGCUGCUGGUUUGUUGGACACAAAUUAUUGGCGUGGCACUCUCCAGCCUCGACCAGUGCUUGACUGGUACCUCAAAAGAAUUGAUGAAGCCGUCAGUGAAGCAAAAGAAUUGGCUCAAGGUGGGAGUGGAACUUUAUCUAUUAUUGGGCAUUCAGCUGGAGGGUGGCUCGCUCGUGUCUAUUUGCAGGAAUUCGGCUCCUCAGACAUUUCCUUGUUACUGACCCUAGGAACCCCCCACCUUCCACCACCUAAAGGUUUGCCAGGUGUAAUUGAUCAGACAAGAGGCCUGUUGUAUUACGUUGAAAAGAAUUGCGCAAAAGCUGUCUAUUCUCCAGAACUUAGAUAUGUAUGUAUAGCAGGGAGGUAUAUUCAAGGGUCGCGUUUCUUUGAUUCAAGUUCAACAUACAGCUCUGAAUUCGUGGACGGUGCUGAACAGCCAAUGUCAGAGGUUGCUGCUGUAAGCAACACAAAUGCAGAGACUGAAGCAGGCACCCCUUUUCGUACACGUUUUGUUGGUCAAGGCUACAAGCAGGUUUGUGGCCAGGCAGAUGUCUGGGGUGAUGGAGUUGUACCAGAAGUUUCAGCCCAUCUGAAAGGUGCACUUAAUGUCACUCUGGAAGGAGUUUACCAUACACCUGUUGGUUCUGAUGAUGCUACAAGACCAUGGUAUGGUUCUCCUGCUGUUGUCGAACAAUGGAUUCGACACCUGCUUGUCUGACUGUAUAGUUUAAAAGACAGCCUGGUGAAAUCAUUCCUCAUUAGCAAGAUCUGGGGAAGGGCGACUGUAGUUCCAUGGUAAAUAUUGGGCAAAUUUGCCUUAUUCUUUGUGGCAAAUGGAAAACAUUGUUCAUGAAAAUGUCACAUCUGAGCCAAUUAAUGAAAUCUUCUUCAUGAGUAU